GACGAACCCGAUUUCGACGCGGAACGGUCAAGAGAACGCUGUCACUGUGCUCUGUAACUCAACCAUGACGAAGCAGAUAUGUAUCCGUGUCGCCGAAUGUUAUUGAUCGAAAUCUCCAACAGGUGGCUCGCGACGCCGGGAGGGACAUUAGUUUGGCCUCUCAUAAGGUGCCCACCUGCACCUGCACCUAACCCACAUGCAACCGCACCCACAGCCAGCCAGCCAGCCAGAUGACAUCAUGGCCCACGGGCGGGAAAAAGCCUCAUCAUGGAAUCACGGAUGGGAAAAGUUGGUGAAGCUUUGGUGCCGUUGCUGCACACUCCAAACUAUCCUUCCACGCCUCCUCCCCUCCGCCUGCUUGGCAGAUGUUGGAAGCGCCCAGCCACGACGGAGGGAUGACGAGGGAAAUGCUUGCCGUGACUCACCCAUCCCAUGUUCUGCGUGCGCCCGAUCGGUGCGGGUCGAGGUGGUGGCUGAGGAGCACGAUGGGAAACCGAUGGGACCGUGGCCAUGUCCCUCCCAAUCGUCAGAUCUCGAAGUCGAUCACGACGUAGGUGCAGUACCCAGCGCGACGUCGGUGAUAAUUGAUGUCGCCCGCCUGGGUGAUAGACCUCCGCAGAUCCAUGAGGAUAUAUUCACAUAUAUAUAUAUAUCUCUCUCUCUCUCAAUACUUACGCAUAGCUGGGUAGAGUGUGGUUACAGUAUAACAAAGGCGAGGAGGAGGAGGCAUAUAUCUCCUGUCGAGAGAGGCGCCAUCUCCUCCGCGCCAGUUCUGCCACCACCCGCGGUCCCAUGAUGAGGAAGAGACUUUCCGCGGGUCGAGUGCAGGAACUCCCUCCGCCACCAUUAUCAUCAUCGCAAUCGCAGUGAACAGUGGCAGCAGGAGCGAUGCGACGGGAGAAGGAAAGAGACCUCGUAGGCGGACCUUCCCAGGUCACCAUUGAUCGCCCCCAAACACCCCAGCAUCGGCAGCAUCUUCAGCAUCGGGCGUAUGUG